UAAUAAAGCAGCUUGGGUAGUGACAGAACUGACAUAGCUACUCGUACAGGGUCGUCUCGUACAAAGGCCGCCUCAGUUGUCAAUUCUGUUUUCAUUUGUUUUCUUCCGCGGAGAUAGACCAAAGGAAAAUGGAGUUUGAUCCUCAUCAAACUUUUCUAUAUUCCAAUCUCAGCUUGGGUCGUUGGAGCAUCGCCGGGAUUUGGCCGCGGAGAUUUGUUUGCCGGCGGCGCAGUCAGGUUUCGGCUCUCUAACUGCUCAUCCCUCCGACCAGAAUUGACUGUAAAAGUUUUUAGAUCAAUAGCCAAGGAAGGAGCUAGAGCUUAUUCUUGUGGAUAUUUGAAUUGCAGAAGCGAUGGGUCAUCUAUCGUCCAUGUUCAAUGGGCUGGCAAGGUCAUUUUCGAUCUGCAAAGAAAGUAAUUAUUCUGAGAACUGUGGUGGAAGAGAAGCUGCAGACGCAAUGGUGAAGGAAGCCCGGAAGAAUGACUUGAUAUUGCGCUCUUGUGGUGUUGUUAAUGCUGAUGGGUCGAAGAAUUUCGCAUCAGUUUUCUCGAAGAGAGGUGAAAAAGGUGUGAACCAGGAUUGCUUCAUUGUGUGGGAGGAAUUUGGAUGUCAAGAGGAUAUGAUAUUUUGUGGGGUUUUUGAUGGGCAUGGGCCAUGGGGACAUUAUGUGGCGAAAAAGGUCCGAGAAUCGAUGCCUUUGUCUUUGCUGUGCAACUGGCAGGAGGCUCUUGCUCAGACUUCACUUGACCCGGAAUUCGACUUGGAAUCAGAUAAAAAGCUUCACCCAUCUAAUAUCUGGAAGCAUUCAUACAUGAAGACUUGUGCAGCAAUUGAUCAGGAGCUUGAGCAGGAUCAUGGGAUCGAUUCAUUCUACAGUGGAACCACUGGUCUGACAAUUGUCAAACAGGGUGAACUCAUUGUUGUAGCAAAUGUUGGCGACUCCCGUGCUGUACUGGCCACCACUUCUGACGAUGGUGGCUUGGUACCAGUCCAGCUCACUGUUGAUUUCAAGCCAAAUCUACCUCAGGAAGCUGAGCGGAUAGCCCAGAACAAUGGGCGGGUCUUCUGCCUAGAUGAUGAGCCAGGGGUGCACCGAGUCUGGCUACCCGAUGGGGAAACUCCAGGACUAGCAAUGUCUAGAGCAUUUGGAGACUACUCUGUGAAGAAUUUUGGACUUAUUUCUGCACCAGAAGUGACCCAGUGGAAUAAAACAGGCAGAGACAAAUUCAUUGUGUUGGCGACAGAUGGGGUGUGGGAUGUUGUAUCAAAUCAGGAAGCUGUGCAGAUUGUGUCUUCUACACCAGACAGGGCAAAGUCGGCAAAACGACUGGUUGAGUACGCUGUCCGUGCAUGGAGACUCAAGAGGCGGGGAAUCGCAAUGGAUGAUAUUUCAGCCAUUUGUCUCUUCUUCGACUCUCCCCCUUUACCCCAGCAGUUUGAAACUUUUGCUGUGCAGAAGCAUUCAUGAAAAAGAGCAAGGGUAAUUGUUCAUUUUCUUUCUUUGUAACACAUUAUAUUUUUGUUUCGAUGUAGUUGCUGAUAUCACGUCCUGUUUUCGCCAGUUCACGAUUUUUCUCUGUUCUGGCACAAGGUAUAAUAUAAGUAAAAUCACAACCACAAAAAAAGUAUUGUAUGGAAGAAA